AUGCUUUCCCUCUUGAGCCCGUUGCUCUGUUUGAGCGCCAUUCUUUUCGAUGUUGCGUCUGCAUCUAGAUGCUCUUCUAAAUACCUCCUCAAGCCUCACUUGCCAGGCGGUUCCAUUCUUGGAAUCCAUGCCAACGAAGCCCACAACUAUUCUGCAGUGAGCCUUGGUCCUGGAACCAAUGAUGGCGGUCAUUUCACCAUCAGCUUCUGCAAUAUCACGGUCCUACACACCCACCCCGGUUGGAACGACACCAUUACCACCCAAGUGUGGCUCCCACUCGAAGAUUGGAAUGGCCGUUUCCAAGGCCUCGGCGGUGGUGGCUACGGUACAGGAUUCGGCUCUAUCUAUCUCACCUAUGCCGUUGCCCAGGGAUUUGCAUCUGCUUCCACAGAUGGCGGGCAUAGCACUGGAGCGGGAACUAUUCCCACAGACCUCAGCUGGGCUCUCAGCAGCAAGAACAACGUGAACUGGUUUCUAUUUGAGAACUACGCCUCGAAGGCCACCAACGAUAUGGCUCUCAUUGGAAAGCAAAUCACCAAAUCCUACUACCAGAAAGCAGCAAAGUACUCCUACUUCUCGGGAUGUUCGGGUGGCGGGCGGCAAGGCCUUGCUAUGGCUCAAGACUUCCCUGGUUCGUUUGACGGAAUGUUAGCCGUUGCUCCUGCAAUCAACCUGGAGACUUUCAUCCCUGCGGCAUUCUGGCCCACCCAGGUUAUGAAUCAACACCACGCCUACCCAUCACCCUGUGAGGUUCGGGGAUUUGCUCAUGCAGCCGUGAACGCUUGCGAUUUACUGGAUGGGGCUCAAGACGGGAUUAUCAGUGCACCUGAUCAAUGCAACGUCACCGCCCAAAGCUUCGUGGGGCAGGAAUUCACCUGCGAUGGGAAAAAGAGCAAGCUGACUGCUGCCGGUGCACGGGCGGUCCAGGCCGCUUGGUCGGGCUCUGGUAAAGAAGGCUGGUUUGGGGUCAACAAGGAUGCAGAUCUCACCACGAUCUGUGUUCCCACUGCCUGUGCUGCAAAUGGAACCUGUUAUUCAUCCGGAGCUGAUCUGACUGGCAAUUGGUUCCGGUAUCUCGUUGCCAAAGACCCCGAAUUCGCCUUGAACAACAUGACUCAAUCGGAAUUCUUCAAGAACCUCCAUGCCUCAACUCGCCAGUACUCGUCCAUGGUUUCAAACACCAACCCCGACCUCUCGGAAUUCAAGGGAAGUGGUGGCAAGCUGAUCACCUGGCACGGUCUUGCGGACGAAGUUAUUCCUCCCAGAGGGUCAACCAAGUAUUUCGAGGAAAUCUUGAAGAUGGAUCCCAAGGCCAAUGACUUUUACCGUUUGUUUGAAGCACCGGGGGUUGGCCACUGCUAUGGUGGCGGGGGACCGGUCCCGAAUGGAGCGCUCUCUCAACUCAUGGAGUGGGUGGAGAAGGGCAUUGCUCCUGAAACCCUGCACGGCACCAAAGGAAGCAACAAUACGGAACGAGACUUGUGCCUGUAUCCUCGCCAGCAGAAGUUUGUCGGAGGCGAUUCUAGGAAUGCAUCAUCCUUCACCUGCGUCUAG